AUGACGUCUCAACUCGAUACCUUGGACAUUAUUGUCCUUACCGCACUUCUUCUCGGAACCGCCGCCUACUUCACGAAGGGCUCGCUAUGGGCGGUUCAGAAGGACACGUCGCAUGAAGCUUUUGCGGCGUCAAAAUUGAACGGGGCCCAAGCUGGGAAAACACGUGACAUCAUCAAGAAGAUGGACGAGUCAGACAAGAAUAUGAUUAUCUUCUAUGGAUCGCAAACGGGCACUGCCGAGGACUAUGCUUCUAGGCUGGCUAAAGAGGGUGCUGCUAGAUUCGGACUUAAGACUAUGGUCGCUGAUCUUGAGGAGUAUGAUUUUGAUAAUUUGGACGUCUUUCCCGAGGAUAAGGUUAUUGUUUUCGUUUUGGCCACCUAUGGCGAAGGUGAACCCACCGAUAAUGCUGUCGAGUUUUACGAAUUUUUCAUGAACGAAGAACCUGCCUUCUCCGAAGGCGGAGAUACGGACUCCAAACCUCUACAGAACUUGAAAUAUAUCGCAUUUGGUCUCGGAAACAACACCUAUGAGCACUACAAUUCCAUGGUUCGCCGUGUCGAUGCUUCCCUUACCAAACUCGGCGCCAAGAGAAUCGGAACCGCCGGAGAAGGUGAUGAUGGUGCUGGAACUAUGGAAGAGGACUUUUUGGCUUGGAAGGAGCCCAUGUGGACUGCUCUCGCUGAGGAUUUCGGUUUAGAAGAGAGGGAAGCUGUCUAUGAACCUGUUUUUGCGGUCAAGGAGAGGGAGGACCUUUCUAUCGAAGACGACACUGUAUAUCUCGGGGAGCCCAACAAGAACCACCUCGAAGGCAAGUCCAAGGGGCCCUACAACGCUCACAAUCCGUUUAUCGCACCCAUCAGUAAAUCAAAGGAACUCUUCACUGUUAAAGACCGUAAUUGUUUGCAUAUGGAGAUCGAUCUUACCGGCUCUAACCUUUCGUACACUACCGGCGAUCAUAUUGCUGUUUGGCCCACGAAUGCCGGCAAGGAAGUUGAUAGAUUUAUAAACACCCUUGGACUUGCGGGAAAGCGUCACUCCGUUAUUGAUGUCACCGGUCUUGAUUCUACUGCCAAGGUUCCUUUCCCAACGCCGACCACCUACGAUGCUAUUGUCCGAUACCAUAUGGAGAUAUGCGCGCCUGUUUCUCGUCAAUUCGUUGCCUCACUUGCCCCAUUCGCGCCAACUCCAGCUGCAAAAGAGCUUAUGACAACUCUCGGUGGAGACAAAGGUCAGUUUCAGGAAAUCAUCUCUUCGCAGUACCUCAACAUCGCACAAGUCCUAGAGAAGAUGGCCCCUGGUGAGAUUUGGUCGAAUGUUCCAUUCUCAAUGAUGAUUGAAGGCUUGAACCGCGUCCAGCCCCGAUACUACUCGAUCUCUUCGUCGUCUUUGGUCCAGCCCAAACUUGUUUCCGUUACCGCAGUUGUUGAAUCUGUCCGCGUCCCCGGGGGUGCGAAUGUCUUGAAAGGUGUUACCACAAAUUAUCUCCUUGCCUUGAAACAGAAACAGGGCGGUGAUCCGGAACCUGAUCCACACGGUCUUACCUACUCCAUCAAUGGUCCUCGCAAUAAGUAUGAUGGCAUUCAUGUACCUGUUCAUAUCCGUAGCUCCAAUUUCAGACUCCCCAGCGAUCCCUCAAAGCCUGUUAUCAUGAUUGGACCUGGUACUGGUGUUGCUCCUUUCCGCGGGUUUGUUCAGGAACGUGCCGCACUUGCCGCGAAGGGUGAAAAGGUUGGGAAAACUUUGCUGUUUUUCGGAUGCAGGAAGCAAGCUGAGGAUUUCUUGUAUCAAGAUGAGUGGAAGGAAUAUGCGGCAAAACUCGGCGACUCAUUCUCGCUCAUCACUGCUUUCUCACGUGAAGGCUCUGAGAAAGUAUACGUGCAGCACAGGUUGAGUGAGCAUGCGAAGGAAGUAAACGCGCUUCUCGCACAGGGUGCCUACUUCUAUGUUUGUGGAGACGCAGCGCACAUGGCAAGGGAGGUCAAUUCUACCUUGGGGAAGAUCAUCGCAAGUGAGCGAGGUUUGACCGAGGCCCAAGGCGAGGACAUAGUCAAGAGAUUAAGAUCUAGCAACCUUUAUCAAGAGGAUGUAUGGUCUUGA